CCCAGGCCCCGUUUCCAGAGGCCCCGCCCAGGCCGCAGACAUGGUGGUGCUGAAGGGCGUCCCGGCACUGCUGUCUCCGGAGCUGCUGUAUGCGUUGGCGCGCAUGGGGCACGGAGACGAAAUAGUUCUUGCAGAUGCUAACUUCCCCUCCUCCUCUAUCUGUCGGUGUGGGCCUGUGGAGAUCCGUGCAGAUGGCCUGGGCAUCCCGAAACUCCUGGAAGCUGUGUUGAAGCUGCUGCCCCUGGACACCUAUGUGGAGAGCCCGGCUGCUGUCAUGGAGCUGGUGCCUGAUGACAAGGAGAGGGGCCUGCAGACCCCAGUGUGGAAAGAUUAUGAGAUCCUCCUGCUCCAGGUUGGCUGCAGGAGCGCGCUGGCAAAGAUAGAAAGAUUUGAGUUUUAUGAACGAGCCAAGAAGGCUUUUGCUGUUGUUGCAACUGGGGAGACAGCACUCUAUGGAAACAUCAUCCUCAAGAAAGGGACAAUUGCCCUUGGCUCCCAGUUCGAGGCCUGGUGAAGACUACUCUGAGGGCAGAAGAAUUGACCGUGCCACUGGCCUACCUACAGCCACACCCAGACCUGGGCCUCAGCCAGGGUCUGUGGGAGCCAGUGAGUUUUGAGGGACGCUGCCAACUGAGACGGGGAUUACCCUGAUUUUCUAAAUGAUGGAAAAACACAGUUACUAUCAAUCUUCAAUCUAAAAGACUGUUCUCCCUCCCAGGUUUGUUUGGAACUGGGCUUAGGAAAGCUACUGGCUCCUCAGAGAGUAGCCACAACCCACCUGAUGAAUGAAUGCUCAGGUGGGAAAUCCUUGUGGGAAAUGAGGCCUGCGGCCGGGCAGAGUGCAUGGCAGGGAAACCAGAGGUGGGUGCAGUGGCUGCCUGGCAGCUCAAGGAGAAUGCGGACUUUCGCACAACUGCUCAGGAUUCAGAUACAAGGUGGCGCCUGAUCAGGGCCACUCCCUCUGCCUCAAGCAGGACAGGAGUGAGAGCUGGCCUAACACUUUGGAAGGAAAAAAAAUGCAGGUGUAGGGUGGAGGAGGGUGCAUCCAGUACCAGUGAGGAUGGUGUCAGCAACCUUGGUACAGGCCUAGAGAGACCUGGGUGUGGGCUGGGCCUGUGUUCAGUAAAUGGAGCACCCACUCCAUAGGCCUGGUGAAGACUACUCUGAGGGCAGAAGCAGCAGCUAGCCGCUUUGUACCUGGGGAUGAAACCAGAUAGCACCUGCCUGCUUCCUGCUUAAAGCCGGGGUUGUCUUGGGAGGUAAAGGACACACAGUCAUGUAGUACCCAGUACUGGGCAGAGGGGCAGCAAGAUAUAGUAGUGGCCUGAAGGGGGUUGGUGCCUAGAGGAUUAGUGAUGAGUUACCCUUGCAGUGCUUGGAUUGAGUCACUGUCCAGACUGGAGGUCCUCCCCUUAGGCCAUUGGUGGCAAAUCUGUGGCACACAGGCCACAGCGGGCACACACAACUCUCUCUGUUGGCAUGAAAGCCAAGUUACCCCAGCAUCCAAGCAUUGGAUAUAGUUGUUUUCUUCCUAACUAAAAGCUCUGAAUUCAGAUUUAUUUAAUUGCGGUGUUGAGACUGGUAAAAAGCGGAUUUGAGAUUGCA